AGCCGGCUGGCUGGAGAAUUCUGCGCGCGCUGCUGGGAUGGAACGUUGAUAGAGUUCGCGGGUUUCGCUGCAGCGAGCCGGGGCCGCACGCAGUGCGCCGCCGCGCGCCAAAGCGGGAAUCCGGGAGGCGGGCACCUCUGCAAUUAAUGCACGCAUUUAAAACUCCCGAACCUGUGGACGCCAUGCACAGGAAACACCUCCAGGAGAUACCCGACCAGAGUAGCAACGUUACCACCAGUUUCACAUGGGGAUGGGAUUCUAGCAAGACUUCUGAACUGCUUUCAGGCAUGGGGGUCUCCGCCCUGGAGAAGGAGGAGGUGGACAGUGAGAACAUCCCCCAGGAACUGCUUUCAAACCUGGGCCACCCACAGAGCCCCCCACGAAAACGGCUGAAAAGCAAAGGGAAUGACAAGGACUUUGUGAUUGUCCGCAGACCUAAGCUAAACCGAGAGAACUUUCCAGGUGUUUCUUGGGACUCCCUUCCAGACGAGCUGCUCUUAGGAAUCUUUUCCUGUCUGUGCCUCCCUGAACUCCUGAAAGUCUCCAGUGUUUGUAAGAGAUGGUAUCAUCUAGCGUUUGACGAGUCUCUCUGGCAGACUGUAGACCUCGCGGGCAGAAACCUCUACCCAGAUGUGGUUGGUCGGCUUUUGUCCCGAGGGGUGGUUGCCUUCCGCUGUCCACGAUCAUUUAUGGACCAACCGUUAGUUGAACAUUUCAGCCCUUUCCGACUACAGCACCUGGACCUGUCGAACUCUGUGAUUGAUGCAUCUACCCUGCACGGCCUUCUAUCUCACUGCUCCAAGUUGCAGAACCUCAGCCUGGAAGGCCUCCGACUUUCAGAUCCCGUUGUUGAUAAUCUUGCUCAGAACACAAAUUUACUGCGACUAAACCUUUCUGGGUGUUCUGGAUUCUCUGAAUCUGCCCUGAAGACUUUGCUGAGCAGCUGUUCCAGAUUGGAUGAACUGAACCUCUCUUGGUGCUAUGAUUUCACUGAAAAGCAUGUACAGGUGGCUGUUGCACAUGUGUCAGAGACUAUCACCCAGCUGAAUCUCAGCGGGUACCGAAAGAAUCUGCAGAGAUCAGAUGUCUCUACCUUAGUUGGAAGAUGUCCCAACCUUGUCCACUUAGACUUAAGCGAUAGUGUCAUGCUGAAAAAUGACUGCUUUCCAGAAUUUUACCAACUCAACUACCUCCAACACCUAUCACUCAGUCGGUGCUAUGACAUAAUACCUGAAACUUUACUUGAACUUGGAGAAAUUCCCACAUUAAAAACACUACAAGUCUUUGGAAUUGUACCAGAAGGUACCCUUCAACUCUUAAAGGAAGCCCUCCCUCAUCUACAGAUUAAUUGCUCCCAUUUCACCACCAUCGCCAGGCCGACCAUUGGCAACAAGAAGAACCAAGAGAUAUGGGGCAUCAAAUGCCGACUGUCACUGGAGAAACCCAGUUGCCUAUGAAGCCUCUAUUGCAAGAUGGUGUCUCCUCUUUUCUUUGAACAGGGAAAAUAAGCAGGAAGCCCAAUUGUGGAGAGCUCAGCUAUUUUUAUUCUUGGUUUUCUGUUACCUUCCUUCUACAAGUAUAUUAGAGAACCAUUGGAGACAGAAAACUAUGAAGUGUUGCUUUUUAGAAAUGACUAUGAAAGCUUUUAUCACUGCUAUACCCUUAAGAGCCUCAGCUCUACGCUUUUUGAAAUUUUAGGGAGAGUGAGCCUAUAAUUUCAAGAUACCUUAAAUAGCAAAAUUUGAACCACGUCUUCCAAGUGCCAUUCUUCAUAAAUCUAUUUAGAAUCAAGCUUAAAAAUCACCACCAGCAAAUCAUUUUUGUAGCCUAUAUGGCAAUUGAACAUUCUUCUAUUUAAUUUUUCAGCACUGCUUUAUUAUAAGACAUAGGUUGCAAAAAAUAAUAAGCUAUUUGUAUUGUAAGCUGAAAAGAAUGAGAAUCAUAGAGUAGAUCUGCAGCAAUCUCUCCUGAGGAUGGCAAGAAAAAUAGACGUUUCAGCUGCGCCUUUAGAUUUGCAGUCAGGUUGACGGAAACAGAUAGCCCCAGGUCAUUCACCUUAAAACCUAAAUAAAGAAACAAACAGUUGGCCAACCAGAGGUGUAGAAUUGGUAUAGAAUUUAAAGGCUCAAGAGACAGUUUUCUAUGACAGUUAACCUGGGGUAUCUUCUAAUGCACAUUAAUGAAGUCUCCUUUAUGUACAGUUGGGAAGGUCCCCUGGAGGAGGAAAUGGCAACCCACUCCAGUAUUUUUGCUUAGAGAAUCCCAUGGACAGAGGAGCCUGGCGGGCUACAGUCCAUGGGGUCGCAAAAAGUCGGACACGACUGAGCGACUACUUUUAUUUCCUUUAUGUACUGUGUUUGCAGCAUUCUGAAUUAGCUGAGGAAAUUGAAUUGUGGACUUCUGACUUUAUGAUCAAAUUAUGUUAACGUGGGUUCUUUAGCUUUUAAAAUGACUUACUUUGUUUUAGAGAGGUAGGAACCAGUCAUUCUUUGAUUCUUGAAAUGUUGGAUGGAAUCCUGAACCGCAGAUGCCUGCGUUUUCCUUUUCGCUAAGGUUCUCAAAGUUAUUUUUACUCUGGAAUCAAGUAUUUUAAAUUGUCUUUUUUUUUUUUUUUAAUGGCCUCCCACAAUGAUUGUUUCUAGCAACCUGUUUUAUAAAGUUCUGGACCUGGAGUUCCCUAAGAACUGCAUGUUCCUUUCAAUUAGGAAUAUACACUAGAAGAAGGUGUAUGUUCCGUGCAGUUUCAGAGCAAUAAGCACAGCUGGUACAUGCAUAAAAGUUAAGACUUGGGUGCUGAACCUUUUGAUAGCAUCAGUGAUUUUUUUUAAUGAUACAUAGAAGCAAAAGGACUAAAUUCUACCUAAAAAAAAAACACGAAACACUAACUUCUUGUUUAAAUCGAUGACCUUCCCAUAUAUUCAAAAUGGAGCAAAAAGCCCAAACUCAUCAUUUCUAUUAACAUUGCUAUUUUUAAAAAUCAGAUCUUUGAAAUGUUGUAAACAAUGGUAUGAAGUGCCCUUAUCUGCUCAAACCUAAGGAAGAACAUUUUUAUAAAGUAGUGUUACAUAGGAAUGAUUAGGUUUCAAUUUUGUAGUAGUUUAAAAGUGCUACAAACUACUUGAAAUUAUUGUUUACAGAUUAGUGACACCGGCUGGAGGGAGGAUCCGGUGGGCCUCUCAUUUCCGGAUACCCUCACACAUACAGUACUUCCAAACUCAAGUCCAGCCAUAAGCUAUUUUGCUAACACGUCAGAGUAAUCUGUAUUUUUGUAUGUGAUUUCUACUUUUAUAGAUUUGUUUUAAAAUAAAACAUUUUUAUAAAAAUGAA